AUGGAGGUGCUAUUUUUAGCCGGCUACGGAGGAGAGGGAGAGCAGGGAGGUGAGAGAGAAAAGGUUUUCGUGCUGGAGCUAGAGCUGGAGAGACAUUGGAGAUGACCAGUUGGUUGGAGGCAGCUUGGCUAGAGGCGGAGAAAGGGAUGAGAGGAGGCAACUGAGACGAGCGAACGACACCACCUGAAAGACAGAUAAGACACAGGUAAGAAGCUCUGCUACAUUCUACACAGAACAGGCAAAGCCAGACACCUGGACUGAUAGCUAUACAAAUAGAUGGUACGUGCCCUGAGGAAAUUAAAUGGUUAUAUCAGAGCAUGCAUGGCCAAGCAAUAACUACACUGGCUUCUUCUGUUAAAAUAGAUGCACUGAUGCUCUAUGGAUUUUUUAAAAGAUACGCUUAAAAUGUCAUUAAUUCAAGUAUGUGGGAUGUGUAAAGCAGAUUUACGUCAAUACUUGUUUUUAAGAUUCUGCAUAAAAUGAAUAUAUUUUUAGGAUGGGAGAUGAGGUUAUGUAAUAGGGAUUUGGUUUGUUAUGCACUCAGUCCCCAUGCCUCAUGUAGGUUAGUAACACUGGAUGGCUGUUCAUUUGCCAGUCUGUCUUCUACACCACUGUUCCUGAGACAUAAUGGGUUGUUCCUGAGACAACAUUGGGAGGAUAGGGAGGGAGAGGGCAUAAUGGGUUGUUUACACGGUGUCCUAAAAUGGAGAGCUGUGCCAUGUUGCCCUCAAAAAAACAAAAGGAAAGGUGGUAGCGUAAGCCCAUUCAAAGUUAUUUAAAAAAAAUGUUUGUUCUUACAUAUUUAUAUGUAUGUGGGAAUAUAUUUUCGUUGUUAGGUGGGUGGAUGUUGUGUGUGUGUGUGUGUGGGGGGGGGGGGGUUACCAUGGAGACAGGCUUAGCACAUCUUCCUGUGAACGAUUGCACAUACGCACUUUCAAAACGCAUGUUACACUUUGCCUGUAUUUCAAUUUUGCCUCUAUUCAAUUAACUAGAUGCUAAUUGAUCAUUCAUGCCAUAAUUAUCAUGGCAAUGUUUACAUUUUACACAAUCCAAGCUUUGCAAAAACAAAAUCUCUCAGUCAUUCAGAGGCUCUUCCCAGAGACUGACCUGACCACCCUUUCUCUCCCUCCCAGGCAUGCGUCCCCGCUCCAGACUCCUGGCUAAGAGGGGCCUGCCCACAAUCAGGGAGGGAUAUGAGGAGCUAGUCCAGGACAUGAACCAGGCCAACAGCCUCCACCUCCCUCCCCAUGGCCAGGUCCACUCCUCUCUGUCUACCCAGGACUACUUCCUGUCCAUCUGUCAGCUUGCCCGCCCAACCUUCCCCCUGGCCCAACCCGACUGUGACAUCCUCACUGUGGGCUCGCUGGCCUCCCUGAGGCCCUGUCUGAGGCUGCACAGACUGAGGGACCCUGUGCCACCCUGUCAGCCUCUGAUCUCCAAGGUCAGCCACCACACACAGUUAGAGCAGGAGGAGAGUCAGGGUGAGUGUAGUGGCCCAGAGAGAGUGGUGGAUGUCAGCUCAGGUCAGACCUCCAGUAGGGUUGACCCCAGUGUCUCUGACCCCCUGGAGUUCCUCUACGGUCAUGGGGAGGCACUCCUCUCAGCCGCCUGUCGCGCCCCUGACUCACAGGGCUGUCAGGGUAAGGGGAGAGAGAGUGUGACCCAGCGUCGACCACAACCCCCGCUACGUGCUGACAGCUUCCCACGCAUGUGUUCCUCGCCCCUGACCCAGCGCAAAGGCAGCUGCCCUGAGCUCUGCCUGAUGGACCCCACUGACCAAGAGAAGCCAAACCCUGACCCUGCUCCACCACAGACAUCUUUAUCAGACCAGCAGAAACCUGACGCCUCCAGCCCACUCUCCUGGAGGUUCCAGAACGACUCAGACAGGGCCCCUGCUGGUGGAAGGGGGAAGUGCACUCGCUACAUUGACAAACACACAAUGGUAUCACACUGGAUCGCUGACUGUCGCUCGGCCUGGAGAGAAGCCAGAGCCAGGGCGUGCAUGCUUCCUGCCAUCGCGGAGAUGUAGACACAUAGAUCAGGUAUAACCCUGUUAAGCCCUGCUGAGUAUUGUACAUAAUGGAUCCUUGAUGUACUAUGCGUCCCGCUUGAUUGGUACGUUUGGACGAUGCAUUGAGUUUUCAUGCCUGACCUUUUUGUAGUUUAAGACAUAUUGUAGACUAGCGUAUGCCUCACACAUAUCACAGUAGGUGGACUGUUGAUAAUGCCCAUAGAGGACAUCAGUGUUAGAGUAGCCUCUUGAAUCCAGGCUUCUUACAGUAGUUGAAUGAGACAGGAUUUUGGAAGACUAGUAUUAGGGUGAAUAAAGAUAUGUGGAAAAGAUGCUGAAUUUGUAAAACGAUUAUGUACAAAGACCUAUGAUUAAGAAACAUGACAGAUCAUAAUCUUUCCUGUGUAGCGAGUGAGUUCUUUACUAAUGAUAACUCUGGUCAAAUCCCAUUGGCAGCUAAAACAGCAAAACAUUCUACUUUGAGUGUUUCAUAACAAGUGGAAUGGGACAGUGUUAGAAUCAGAACUGAAGAAGAUGUGAUCCUAUAGCUAGUUCAGGCUCCCUACAGCAGAGCAUUUAAACUCAGAUUAUUCCUAGUGAUUCUGAAAACGUCUCUUGUGAUUUCCUUUCCCCUGUCUGAUGUAUGAGUUAUGCAAUGACAAUGUAGGUGUGUGCAAAAAUGAUCAGUCCAUUUCAAUCUUCCGCUUAGUAAAGCCAUGAUGAAAUAGUACAGAUAUUUUCAAUCAUAUCAUGGAAUUCCCACUGAGUGAAACAGCAUGUGAGAUUGUUGUAUUUGACUUUUUGAUUGCGUGUUCUAAUGGUCCUCCAUGUCGGUACAAUGUCUGUCAACAAAACAUCAAUGGAAAGACAACAAUAUCCUCCUUGACUUGUAAAUGUUUGAGAAUUCAAUCAUUUGAUAAUGUAUAGUAUGGCUUUUGUACAUCUGUCCAUUGUUGGCCUGUAAUCUAAUAAAUUAUGUGUUUUACCC